GUAUUGUGAGUGCACUUAAUUUGAAGAUCAAUCCAGAUUCUCGGAACAUCUCAUACAGAACAGAGGAAGAAGACGACUCUGGAAUUCAUCAUGCUUAUUAUGACGUUAAAGAAAGAAACUUUACCAAACUACACCUCAUAAAGAAGUGGAGCAGUGAUGAUUACCUUAAACAUGCGGGCAUAGAGGGAAACCAGCACAGAAAAAGUCAUUAUUAUACCUCUUUAGAAAUUAAAGACGGUGCAAUACAAAAUGCAAAAAGAACGCAUUUUUCUUAUUUAUGGAACAAGAAGCCAUACAUUCGACCUCUAAACAAACCUGAAUUUCAACGACAGCCUGAUUUAGAGUUAAAAGCAUCCGGAGAAAGCCAUCUUAACCUCCUUAGCUGUGUCAGUCAAGGUAAAAAGAGAGCGAAACGAUCUUCAGAGAGGCUGCAUCUUUCUUUGAAAAGUCUCAAACAAGACACGUUAAGUAAUAGCGGAAUGGAUCACUCAAAAUGGUCGUCGAUUGGUUACCCUGAUAAACCGAGCCGUACAUUUUACGAGUUACUUCGAUGUUAUUCCGACCAUUCUGUGAAAGAAAGCGAACUAUCGCAGUGUAUCAAGGAGCUUCACUAUCUUGCUAAAACUGAUGACGAAAUUUUUACAACCAUAGUUAAUUUGACGUUCCAAAGAUCUCAUCUAAAUUUCUCGACAUGGUCUGGUCUGGUUGGGUCUAUUGUUGUCCGAGGAGAUUAUGAAACACAGAGGAUUUUAAGCCAAAUAAUCUUAUCUGAGAAACCACGGCCACUUUUGGAUCAAGAAUAUGCAAAGCUUUUGGAGGCGGUAUACUUUAUCCCUGCAGGACCUCUGUACCCAGAACUGUUGCAGGCUCUGUUGUCUCUUCAUAAAAAUUCUAAUAAGAGCGAUGAUAUAACUGUUCGCGCUAUGUUGGUGACAUCAGCUUUAGUGCGGAAGUGUCACGACGCUGGUUACAAUAGAUCGUUGUCAGAAAGCAUUGCUCGGCAUUUACACAAAAGUUUCAAGACACAUCCAGCUCGAUUCCAUGACGAAGAAAGCCCUUCCCACGAAGGGUAUAUAUGGAGUCACGUAUGUGCUGUCGGAAAUUUGGGUCACAUUUUGUCCCUUAGCUUGAUAACUAGAUACUUGGACCACGAUAAUUCAGGUAUUCGAUAUUUUGCAGUUUCAGCAUUAAGAAAACUCCCAAAUCAGUACACUGAUCAUCACUUACUACGAAUUCUUCGAAAUGACGAACAUAAAACGGUAAAAGCAGGAGUGAUAGAGGUGUUCAUAGAACGGCGUCAGAAUCUUACUGAGGAAUUGAGUGAUGCCAUCGAAGAUACUCUAUGGACAUCUGAAGAAGGUGACGAACUAGAUUCAAAGAUUAUUGAGUUUCUAGAAAACCAAGACGAAGAGUCGCAUCACAAGCUUAAAAAACGGAGGUCCAUUAUUCAGCGAAAGAAAAGGGCACUUAUUCCAAUAUUAAAGCCCAGAGAGUUUUCUUUGGGGGUACAAAGGGAAUGGAGCAGAGCAUUCGGUGGUGGUCAAGCUGGUGCAGAAGCCAUCAUGCGAUUUGUGAACCAAGUCAAACUAAGAGUCGGGAUUUUUGGUGGGAAUUUUGAAGUAAACUUGGAUAAUUUGGCAUUGUUUCGAGCUCACGUGUUCAUAUUGAGUUUCGAUAUAGUCAAUGCAAAGGCGGCAUUCAAGAUGGGGGCAGGAUUUAAGAACGAUAUCCCUAAAGAUUUGAUUCACACCGUCGCCGAUACUGCUGAUGGUAUUUUAGCAAAAAUAGAUGGAAUUUCAAGUAUUUUCAUCGAACAUAUUCAACGAUUUCUCGACAAGCUGAAGUUUUAUCUACCAUUUAUUCCUGAUAACUUCCUGGACUUUAUUUCCGAAACCGUCAAAUUUCUUAGCCGCACAAUUCAAGUUACACGCUUUGGAAAAAUUUUUAACCGAAUUGUGAUAAAUCUUCGAAGCGCGUGGAGUGCAAAUGAAUUUUGGAGACGAAUCGGUGAUUUGGUCAAAAAGCUUUCCCCAAACCUUUCUGAAAUAAAUCUAUCGAACGGGUCCUUUAGAAGAGCGUUUCAUUUUCUCAAUAAGCUUGCAACUAUUUUCUCACGACGAAGGUAUAUGCUUCCGCGAAAUUUUCCACCAAAUUUUAAUAUAAAGAAAUUGUUAAUCCACAUUAAUGGGUUAUCUCACUCGACUAGUGAUGCCGUCAAAGACUAUUUCGAACAGUUAGGUUUUGGUUUUCCUAAUAAUUUCUUUAAAAUGUUUCAUUUUAACGUCACGCUUAAUUUCAUCCAGAAUUUGGACAAGUUUAAAAUUACAACGUUGCGUUUGGUGCAUUUUGCAAACAGCUUCCUGGAUAUGCUUUCUGUUUUCCGAGAUAUCUUUAGCAUUGACCUACCACGACUGUAUGUACCGGAAUUCAAUGCAGGUGCGAACAAUGACAAAGUUUUCGACUUUGGUUUGCCUUUUGACUGGAGAAUAACAUUCAACUUUGGGAUUAAUUUUUCGGGCUUGGACUUCGAAAAAUUUAGGACCUUAUUUGGUUAUUUAACAGAUGUUUUUCUGAAAUUGAGCAAUCCAAAUGUAAACUUUGAUCAUUUUUUUAUUGAAAUGCUGCCAGUAAUGAAAAUUAAGCUUGAGUCUGAAAAACUACUUGUGGAUACAAAGGAUUAUAACCCAGCAAAAUGGUUGCAACUUGUUAUUAAAGACUUCCACGAACUUUCACGCCAGUUACACAGGAAAUUUUACGACCUUAGCAACACUGCCAGGUUCUUAGACGAACUUUCAAAGAUCACGAAAGACCUCUCGAAAGGGGCACUCGCGAAUGUUUGCAAGGUACAAGAAUUCAUGUUAAAAUCAGGAGGAGUGUUAGAAGUCUUCGGAAAAAACCUUGAGAACGAUAUGAUUCUCGGAAUCAGAAAUGUUAAAAAUGAAGCUCAGCAAGUUAUAAGAGAAGUCAUUAACAUCUCAUUGUUUGUGGAUGAGUUUAUUGACGAACUAAAGCAGAAUAUAUCAGCUACUACGAAAACAUUUGUUGAGCAAUAUUUAAACGCAUUAGAAGGCUCUUUAGAAAAUGUUAAGAUACUUGGGGAUAUCACAAUGGAAUUCUCAGUGAACUCAAAAGAAAAAUUGAGGGGACUUUGUUAUAAAACGGUGCAUAUGUCCGGUCACAUUUUGGAUAAAAUUCAGUCCGAAGCACAAAACGCGGUCGAGGAAAUAGUUAAUUUUUUUACAUCUAAUCCAAAAGGACUUCCAAACGUUAUUGGCCAAUUCAAAAUAGUCAUUCAAAAUCUGGAAAAGUGGCAUCAUCAAAAUUUAGAGAAGCACCUGGGCAAGGUUGCAAUCAUUAGUCAAACAAUCGACGAGUUCUUAUCUUUAAUCAAAACUGAAAACAACAUUUUUUCCGACAUUCAUAAAGUUUUCAGGGACAUAAACAAUGUCAUUCAACACCUGAACAAUCUUCCUGCGCAUGCCCAGAAAGCGUACGACGUAGCGGAUAAGAUCAACGACUUUGUAACAAAUGCGCAGCGUUGGGAAGCCGAAUUUGGCAAACUCAACAUCCGACAGAAAUUUAAACUGGACUUCGACAAACAGUUACAAAAACUUUGCAAUAAAUUUAAUUCCUUUGCUGAAAAUACCAUCAGGGAAUUUCGGGGCAAAGAUCUGCUUAAAACAUUCCGUGAAUUUGUUACCAAAGAAACUGACUCCCUUAUCUUUCAAACUGUUGAACAAUUAACCAUUAUAAAAACAUCUCUGGAAGUAGCCCGGAACGAUCUAGAAGAAAUGUCGAAUUCGGUUGAAGGUAUCGAAUCCGUGUUACUAGAAUUGCGACAAUUCCCCAAACAUUUUUCCCCAUUAUUGCAGGAAAUUCAGAAGUUACCAAACUGUUCAGACAUUUGUUUUAUCUUCAAUGACUUAAUCAAAACAUGUGGGAGAGAAGAGAUAUCAUUCGGGAAACCGGCCUACAAUGAAUAUAUAACCAUGAAAUCUGAAGUUAAAGCGUUUUUAGAACUGUUGCCUGACGAAUGGGAAAGUUUGCGUUUGCAAAAAUGCAUUUCUGGAGGAACUUGCUUGUCGAACUCAUUCAAAAAGCAAGCCCAAAGCGUUUCCAAUACAAUGGAGAAACUUAAAAAUAAAUUUAAUGAUUUUACCUUUGUGGAUAAAUUAGAAAUCUGUAGAGAUAAGGCGGAGGAAGUAUCACAAAUUUUCGAAAACGCAAAGAAUAUUUGUAAAUUGGUAAAGGAGUUUUCACUCAAAGAAGAGGUUAUAAAUGCGAAGGAUUUGUCCCAAAGAAUCACGGGCAGGUUUCCGGGCAAUGAUGACGACUAUGAAAGACAAGUAAGUAAUAUCCAUUCUUUCCUUUUCUUGAGUGAAACAUGCACCUAG